AGCAGAGCCGAAGAGCUGCACGUACCGGAAGGAAGAACACAUGCUCAGCCUGGAUUCCCAGGCCCGCUGACAAAAACGAAUCACUUCGCUGCGAACCUCGUUGAUAAGGAGAGCGGAGACACGCGCUGGACUUCCUCCAUGGAGUUGCAUCAUAUGAGCAGUCAGGUGAAGGCCGAGUACGAUUUUGAGGCCCAGCCCGGCACCGGUGAGAUGAGCAUCACCGCUGGCGAAAUACUCACUGUUGUACGU